AUGCACACAGGCAACGGGGUCGAAUGGCCGACUACUUUGCUCAGAGAGACGGAUAUCAGUGACAGUUUAGAACUUGUCUCUUGGAUUUUUCAAGAUUAUUUAAAUUUGGAUUCCAAGAUUAUGUAUUUUGCCUCUCUUAUACUUUUCCGUAUCAUUUACUUACUGCUUCACCUGUCAAGGCAGAUCAAGGAGGCCCCUAUGAUGUAUGCCACCGCCGUAAGCGAAGUUGUUCAUCGUCGAACUUUUCAGAAAGAGUUUGCGCAGUUGCGGCAAAUUGCGGCGGAUUUGCGACUGCGCAGUCGUGUAAGAGGGUGGAUCGACGACAGCAAACCGCCUCUAUUUCCUAUUAUGAAUUCAAAGGACUUCAAAUUGGCCCUUGAAAAGGCGAUCGACCGACUAGACGCAGCGACUAAACCAAAAGUGGAUGAAAGACCUGAACAGCCUAUGGAAGUAGGCGAUUCGAACUUCGAACUUGAGACAAAAGAGACACACCAUGAUCCAACUGAAGCGAUUUAUGAAUGGUCAGUGCCAGCACAACCACGCAAAACGCAAAAAGCACCACGUACCAUAGUGGAACAUUUCAACUACAUGCUACAUAUGGUUUCAUUUAUUCUUCAGCCAUUUAUUUCCGCUAUUGUUUUAUGA